AUGUCCAGCCAAAAGACAUACUUCCUGUGUCCAGUUUCCGACAUCAUACAUUCUCCACCUACGGGUCCGCUAGAUCUCGGUUCCAUCAUCCGCUCGACGUCCGCACCGCAAUAUACCUUGAAUAGAGCAAGCGUCGUGGCCGUGACCGACGCCUUCCCACCCAUAGUCGAGACCAACUGGAUGAAAACGGUGUCCGCGGAGAAGGGCCUUGGCUUCGGUAUCUAUGCGCAGUUCUUGCAGCUGGCAUGCGGUGGAAUCCCUCUUGGUCCUGAGUUGGAUAUUGAGCGCUCGAACAAAACGGCAAAUACGUUCGCAUUCGACACGAUGACAACGCUAGCGUUCGAGCCGAGCCAGGGAUACGUGGCAGAAGCCGUCAAGGCACCAGCUGUUCAGGCUUGGCUGAGAGAGCCCCGGCAGAGAUUCGCGCUCAUCAGCGAACUCUUUCUCGUCACGGGACUGAAGCUCGUCAAAGGAGCUCAAAUCAAUUAUUCGACUACACAGAGCACGUCUGUGAAAGCGAAUGUUGGUAUCGAUGUGCCCGCGCUGGGCAUGGCCUUUGGGCCGAAAGGCCACUGGACAAGCACGAAUGAGGAUGCUACGCAGUCCACUCGUGAUUCGGAAUUUGUGUUCGCGUUCCGUGUGAAGCGGCUCAGAUUUGGGCGCAGAUUCAAGCUUCAAGAGUAUCACAAGGGUGCCUUUAUGUCUCUUGGUGGGGGGCAAAAAGAAGACGACGAAUGCGUGCUGAUCGACGAUGUGAGUGGCGCCGAGAUCAAAACCGCUCGGACUGUUACCGAUGCGACCGAGGACGGCAGUGUUUACUGCGUGCCUGCUUGA